UCUGGUCUGAUAGCAACAAAUAUUUUCGGCAAACAUCGGCUCAAAAAUUCUAUCAUAAAAUGGCUGGAAACCAGGACUCGUCCGUCUCGUCGCGCAUCACGCUCUUUAACCAGCAAGCUGAACAGCACAAAAACUGGAUGAUGAUUAAUCCAUUCGCCCAUUACAACGUGAGUGAUAUACCAAAGAGAAGUUUUUCGGAGGAUGAAUAUGGACGGGCACCGGCCGGAAGUCUCUCUGAGCAGAGAUCCCUGCAGGCCAAUGUCCGCGCUCUGGAGGACAUCCUCCAGCUAUGCCAUAUGAUACAGAAAUCCGGUCAAAAUGACCCCGGCAAUGGUCUGCGAGCUCUGCAUUUUGGCACCCUUUUUGAUUUGUACAAUGACAUUUCGGACAAGCUGCUGGCCACGUUGUUGGGUGCCCGGAAAUAUGGAUACGUCGAUUUUACCGGGGAAACCCUUUUCCAAGGACGCGAUGAGGCCGUUCCCGUGCGACUGUUGCGCCCCUUUGAUAAACUCCAAGCCGAAAUCAUGGCCAAGGUAGCGGAUCUGCGAUGUGAUUUCACCGAAAAACCCUUUGAAUCGACUCCGCUGCGCGAGGAUUAGCUAAUGCUUACCGCUGGCCAAAAAACUGUCACCCAAUCCUGGUCCCGUGUCAAAGAGCGCACGUGUGCACCUCCAAGCCCUUUCGCAGUUAAUUGAAUUAGGGUCUGGGUGCCUGGCCAAAAGCCUUUUAACCACCAAUCCCGUCACGUAUACGACAGGAGGGCACUCGUAAACACCUGCCGGCGGCUUUACAACCCCACACCAUUCCCUGCGAUUGUAUCACCUCCAGGAAAUAAACAAAUUACAGCCAA